GUCUUUGGCCAACUCCCCAAAUUCCAAGAUGGCGACUUCGAGCUGUUCCAGUCCAACGCCAUUCUCCGGCACCUGGCCCGGCAACACGGCCUGUACGGGGUGGACAACAAGGAGGCCGCGCUGAUCGACAUGGCGAACGACGGAGUCGAGGAUCUGCGCUUUAAAUACGGAACACUCAUCUACAAAGACUACGAAACUGGUAAAGAAGCUUUUAUCAAAAGUCUCCCGACGGAACUGAAAUGCUUUGAGAAUAUUCUGAAGAAAAAUAACGGAGGGAAGAACUUCCUCGUGGGGAACAAGAUCUCCUUUGCUGACUACAACCUGGUCGAUGUGCUGUCUAACCUCGAGGUGCUCUCUCCGGGUUGUCUGGAGGGUACUCCCGUACUCAAGGCCUACCAUGACCGGGUGAUCUCCAGGCCUAAACUCAAGGCUUUCCUGGAAUCCGACGCCCACAAGAAGCUUCCCAUCAAUGGGAACGGGAAGCAGUGAGUCUGGGUGGAGCGAUUCUCCCCUGGAGAGUGCUGUGGCCCUUCGGAGUUAGGCUUGGCUCGGCCUACCACGGCCUAGCUGCCUCUCGCCCACUUCCUGCUUCUCAGUUCGCAAUGUUGUCAUCUCCCUGAUUGUUCUGGCAACGGAAUAAAUUACUGGAAACCUUU